CUCAGAGGUCCUACCGCGUGUAAACAGACAUUAGUUUCCAGUCUUAUUAAGCGAGGCGUAACGUAUAGCAAGUACUGUAUACAUGUAGGGCGUCGGGUGUCGUGUAACAGUCAUUCUAUGUUGGCUGUGCAGAACAGGUGUACUUUCUAUCAAACUAUGGGACUACUGAGAAGAGUGUUCUGGACACGAAACACAAAAUGGCAGGAAAAGGUAUUUAUUCUCACUGUCGUUAUGGUAGUCUGUGUAACAGGAAUGAUCAAUCUGAGACCGCAUUACUUUGUGAGGCAGAUGGAACACAAACACAACUCUCGCAAUGUCAUUAUAACGAAGAAAAUAAUGUCAGAUUAUAAUUAUGUAUCGGAGGAUUUUCAUUCAAAAAUAUUUAAUUCAAGUUAUUGUUUAGACAUCUCGAAAUCGCCGACAAGGACAAACUUAAAUGUUGGUUUUGAUAGAACCAAAAACCGGCUACAUCCCAUCAGAUACUUUCCGCCGGAAGUUAACAUUAGCGAAUCGGAGAAACAACGUAUUUCGCGCCUACUUCCGGACGAUUUCCUCCAUACGAAUGCUUCGUCAGAUCGAGUUUACGAACAAUUAGAAUAUGUGCCGAGAACUUACUCCAGUAAAUCGGAUAUCAAAGUUGUGUAUAUUUGGCACAUGGAAAAAUGGACAAACGUUCCCACGGGAUUAGAAUUCUUCAAGCACUGCAAGGUGAACCGCUGUAGUUUAACCCACGAGAGAAGUGCGGAGGCCACGGCUGAUGCUGUUGUGUUUGCUAAUUCUGGAUAUCUACCGUUAUCACCACCUUUUCAAAAAUCAUCUUCUAAACAAAUUGCCAUUUUAAACAUCAAUGAGAGUCCAGAUAGAUCGUGGCCAAUGAAUAACUAUAAAAACUUUUUCAAUUGGACAAACACGUAUCGAGUAGACUCGACAAUUUAUGAUCCCUAUUUCAAAAUUGGACGGAAUUGUUGGACGCCUCCUGAUAUCCCGACCCCAGGUCGCAAUUUCGCCGAGGGCCGGACCAAAAAGGUCGCUUGGAUGGUUUCUAACUGCAAUAUUGUAAAGAGUGGACGUAUGGAGUAUGCAAGGGAACUGGGUAAACACGUGCAAGUGGACAUUUACGGGCACUGUGGUCCACUGUCUUGUCCAGCGUCCAAACACAGAGAAUGCGUCGAAAUGACCAGGAGGGACUACAAGUUCUACCUGUCGUUUGAGAACCACAAAUGCCACGACUAUUUGACGGAGAAAGUGAUGAACGCUUACGAUGCGGAGCUGAUACCCAUAGUAUUAGGAGCCAGGAAGGAAGACUACGCCCAAGUAUUACCUAAACAUUCUUACAUCCAUGUGGAAGACUUCGAGUCCCCUCAAAUGCUAGGCGAAUAUUUAAAUCUGUUGGACAAAAAUGACACCUUAUAUAAUGAAUAUUUCAAAUGGAAAGAGACAGGAGAUAAAAUCAUCGAUGAUUUGAAUUGGUGCAGAGUCUGUACACUUCUCCAUGAAACGUCACUUCCGGUCAUGUGGUAUGAGGACAUCCAACAUUGGUGGAAGCCAGAUGGAGCCUGCAAUGGUGCUAAAAAAUGGGAUUAAUUGUUCUUUUC